GCACAUAUGACGUCACUGCUGGGUUUCUUUGGCGCGAGGUACAGACAAAUUUGAAAAGCUGAGGACUCCAACCGUUUAACACGGGAACAUCGAAAGAACAACACUUAGUUUGUCCAAACGUCUCACUCGUGGCAAACGGGGCAGCACUUGUUGCAGGGAUGUCGUGGGACUUUUUUGUGCCCGUGUGCGUGGGGGACCUGGUAAAGACAGGUGGGAUAAACCAGUAUGUUGUCCAGGAUGUGGUCUCCCCGAAGCAGCUGCCAUCCCAGCUCAGUAGAUUCAAGGCAGCUCUCAGAAGCCAGGGACCUUUGUGUAUAUUGGAACAUUUUGACACAGGCUACAGCGUGUUACAACACUUCAAUUCUGUGGAUCUUGGGAUGAAGGAGGAUACUCUGGAAUUACUUGUUCAAGUGGUUUGUGGCCUGGCUGUUUCCUUGCCGGAGCUUCUUGUCUCUACAUCCAUCUCAGCAGCAGAGCGCAAAGAGAAACUUAAUGCAGUUAAAAUGAGCGUCUUCUUGCUUUGUAAACUCACUGAGAACCUUGAAAGUGUCUCCUGCAGACAGAGCAUUGUCACAGCACCAGGGAAGGGUGGGAAGAAAGGCAAGUCUAGUGCAGAAGGACUGAUACAGUGGGACUCGGAGAGAGAGAAAGUGCUGCAGGCUCUUGUCCAGCUCCUCCAGCUCGAUAUCCGCUCCCUUUGGAACCUCUCCCUGGUGGAGGAGGAGUUUAUCAGCUGUGUGACAUGCUGCUGCUACAAGUUGCUGGAGAACCCAACCAUCGGUCAUGUCAAGAGCAAACCCACCAGAGAUGGCAUAAUUCACUUACUGGGGUUGUUGAUCAAAAAGUACAAUCACCUGCUAGGUGCCAGUGUUAAAGUGAUCCAGUUGUUACAACACUUUGAGCAGUUGUCAUCAGUGUUUGCCCAGGCUGUCUUUGUGUGGAGCACAGAAUAUGGAGUCAGAGCGAUCAUAGGAGAAGUCAUAAGAGAAAUUGGUCAGAAGUCAAGUGAAGAACUUGUCAGAGAGGGAUCAGGUGUCAAAGCCUUUGCCACCUUCCUGUCAGAACUUAGUGCCCUUGUACCUGAUUUAAUGAUCCCCAACAUUAGUGUCCUCAUCUCACAUCUGGAAGGAGAGAGCCACACAAUGCGUGUUGCUGUAUGCGAGAUGUUGGGAGAGAUCCUUGUGCGGGUGCUGUGCGGUGAUGGGCUGGAUGAGUCUGGCAAAGCUGACCGUGACCGAUUCUUCGAUACACUGCAGGAGCAUCUUCAUGACACACACUCUCAUGUCCGGGCGCGUGUGCUUCAAGUCUACACCCGCAUCGUUAACAGCAAAGCGCUGCCUCUGUGUAGGUAUAGUGAGGUGAUGGAAAUCACUGUGGGGCGUCUGAUGGAUAAAUCUAUAAAUGCAGUGAAGAGUGCGAUCCAGCUGUUGGCAGCCUUCAUUGCACAUAAUCCAUAUAGCUGCAAGCUGAGCAGUGCAGAUCUGAAGAAACCUUUGGAGAAAGAGAUGGCUAAACUGAGGGAAAUGAAAGAGAAGCUGGAGGAGAGAGCACCUGUUACAGUGAUAAAGGCAUCGGAGCUGUGGGAUGCCAUGGAGCCUGAGCUUCUUGUAACUGUGAGGACAGUGCUGGAGCCCACAAAUGAAGAAGAAAAAAAACAGGAGGCAGAGGAUGACAGGGAUGUGGAGGAAGAAAAGGCUGCUGAAGACGACAGAGCAACUGCAGUGAAGAUUGCUCAGUACCUGCGCAUCAACAAAUACAGGAAUGCUGUUCAGCUGUGUAUAAGAGCUUACAGCUGUUUCCCAGAAUCUGAGAUGUUUGCCUCUCUGUCCACUCUCUCCACCAAGAAUAUAAUGGACACACUGGCUUUGAUUUUCAAAGGCUCUGAUGAAGAAAACUCAGAGCUAAGCCAGAAUUUGCCACCAACCCCACAGAAAGAGGGGGCCAAAGAGGUAGAUGAUGGUGAGCUGAAGAAGCAGGAGAUGUUGGUUCAGUACUUGAAAGAUACAGAAACCUUUGCCUUACAAGUGGAGAAAGCAAUCUCUGUAAUCAACACCAUGCUGUACUGGAAAACAACAUCAGUUGUCCAGGAGGCUGUGCAGUUUUGUGUGACUGUCUGUGAGUUCAGUGUUGCCAACUCUGUCAGUGGGGUUAGAAAGAUGUUGCCGCUGGUCUGGUCAACUGAUGCCGCCAUCAAAGACGCUGUCGUUCAGGCCUACCGGCGCCUGUAUCUGAACCCUCAAGGGGACUCUGUAAGGAUGAAAGCCCACACUCUUGUUGACAAUCUCUCUGAACUGAUGGUAGAUGCAUCUCUGGGAACUAUCCAGUGUCUAGAGGAAAUUGUCCAGGAGUUUUUUGGCAGUGGCAGCUGUCUGCAGUCCACCGUAGUACAGGUGUUGUGGGAGAGGUUUACCGGCAAAAGAGAAACUCCUGCCUUACACAAGCGAGCUGCUGUAUUACUUUUGGGCAUGGCUGCACGGGCGGAGAGAGAAGUGGUGCUCAGUAAUCUGGAUACUCUUUGUUCAGUGGCUCUGGGAGAAAAAGUGACUGAGGACUUUCUUUUAGCAAGAGACACAGUUAUCACUAUUUGCAGCAUCACUGACCAUGUCAGGCAAUCAAAAGGAGCUCCAUUAAGACUGCCUCAGGACCAUCAGCUCUUCACUUGCCUCACACAGGCUAUAGCUGAAGGUGUAGUGAUGGAAGAUCCUUACUGGCACAGCUUCAUGGAGCAGGCGGUCCGUCUCAUCUACUUCCUGGCUGAAUCCCCAGACCAGCUGUGCUCCCGGCUGCUCCAACGAAGCGCUCGCCUCUUGCUCGAUCAAAUUGCAGAAGGUGGCGAAGUCAACAAAGACGUUGGCCAAAAUCAAGAUGGAUCCCAAGAGUCCAGUGAACAAGGAGAACAAGUGAACUGUGUGUGUUUGGCCCAGCUGUUGGCGCUGUGUGGAUGCGUGGCUUUCUGGCAGGUGUCUCACCUUGAGCGCAGUGUGAGUGCCGAGCUGCGGAGGAGGAGAGGAGAAACUGAGGAGAGGGAAGAGAAGGAAAAAGGACCAUCGAGUAAAGCUAAGCAAGCAGCCAAUGAAAGUGCUAUGGAGGAAGAGCUGGGAUUGAUUGGUGCCUCAGCUGAAGAUACAGAGGCUGAACUCAUCAGAAAAAUCUGCGAAGCUGAAUUACUGGCAGAGGAAAACCUGCUGAGUGCUUUCCUCCCUUUGCUGGUGAGAGUCUGCAGCUCCCCAGGACGCUAUUCCCACCCUCAGCUCACCACCGCUGCGUGUUUGGCACUCUCUCAGUACAUGAUGAUAAGCCCAUCUGUUUGUGAGGAAAACAUCCGCCUCAUGUUUACAGUGCUGGAACGCUCUACUCUGCCUGUCGUAAGGGCCAAUGCCAUUAUAGCCCUGGGAGACCUCACAGUCCGUUUCCCAAAUAUUUUGGAGCCCUGGACACAGAAUCUCUAUGCAAGGCUGAGUGAUGAGGUUUCCUCAGUCAGGCAGACUGCUGUCACAGUCCUUACUCAACUGGUGCUUAAGGAUGUGCUCAAGGUCAAAGGUCAAGUGAGCGAGGUGGCUGUGUUGCUAAUUGACCCGGAGCCACACAUUACCAGCCUGGCCCUGAACUUCUUCAAUGAGUUGGCCUCGAAGGACAAUGCCAUCUACAACCUGCUCCCAGACAUCAUCAGCCGUCUGUCUGACCCGGAGAGGGCCAUGAGCUCCGAGGACUUCAACACCAUUAUGAAGCAGCUGUUCUCCUACAUCACUAAAGAAAGGCAGACUGAGUCUCUUGUAGAGAAAUUAUGUCAGCGCUUCAGGACUGCCAAGACAGAGCGUCAGUGGUGUGACUUGGCUGUGUCCCUGUCUCUGCUGUCCAUGUGUGAGCGGGGUUUUAAGAGGCUGCAGGAAUGCUGGGAGUGCUACAGUGACAAGUUGACGGAGUCUGGAGUGUACCAGCCUCUGCUCUCCAUCACUGCCAAGCUCCGUCGUGGGGCUAAACCGCAAUUUAAGGCUCAGGUGGAUGAGUUUGAAAAGCGUCUGACUGCAGUUCACACCCGUGGCCUGGAGAAUGUAGAAAGUCCUGAGAUGGAAGAGGAGCAGCAAAGGGAAGGAGGGUCUGUAAGCAGUGACACUCGUACACCUCUACCCACCAGAGGACGUCAGAAGACAAAAAGAGGUCAGACAAAGUCCCACAUUUCCAGCCAUGGCGAUGAGAGCUUUGUAACUCCUCAAAAGUCUCGCAAGUCCAAGAAGCCUGUGAUCACCUUCAGCAGUGAUGAAGAGGAUGAGGAGGAUGCUGUCAUGGCAGAGAGCGAGACCCCUAAAGUGAUGACACCCAUCGCACGCUCAUCCAGACGAGCUCGCCUCAGAAACUGAUUUCCCUUUAUGUCCUUUGUCUGUCUCUGCUAAUAUUUGACCUGUUUGUGUGUUUUUUUAUUCGUUUUUUUUAUAGCCCUAUUUUUUGUAGCCCUAAGUAGUCUGAUGAUGCAUUUUAUGACCCAAAAAUCAAAACAUUUUAAUAAACUGAGCACUGGGUUUCAUAAGAUGUCUCUGUUUUGCAUUUUCCCUUAUGUAGGGUUAUGUGUCUGCAGCUUUAUGUCAAGUAAAUUUACAGCAUCGUGACAAGCGGCUCUGAAUGCCUGCUUGUUCUGUUUGGACAGCAGGGUUUAAAGGGAGGCCACAGCUUGCCCAGACAGUGUUAUUGCCCCUCUCCACUUCAGCUUUGUUCAGUUUUCUUUCCUUGCAUUUUUUAUCAUAAUAGAUUUAAAUCUUUUUCUCAGGAGAAGUUCUUUCACUAUUCUGUAAAGCGUGCGACUGCAUGUUUUGUUUUUUUGUAUCCCCCCCACGUUACCGUGUCUGACACACAUGGCGUUGCUUAGCUCGCCAUUUCUGUACUCCCAUAAUCAAUCUCUUUUGUAGAUCUCCCACCAUCCUCUGCCUGGUGUUUUUCUCCCUUUUAUUCUCCUCCUCCUCCCACUCUCUUCUGCCUACUUUUCCUCCAGCGCUUCUCUGACAUCACAUGUAGGUUAGUUUAACCCCCCUCCCCUCCUCACUAAUCUCUCCCUGUCUCCUACGCCCGCUCCCACUCGUCCUCUCCAAAAAGAUGAGAGGGGUGCAUUUUCUGUAGUGAUUGAUACGUUACAUAAAGACACUUGCCAGCAGCAGGCAAACAGUUUUUUUUUUUUUUUUUUUGUCUGAG